UUCAAAUGAAGAACUGCAAAAGAGGGAAAUUGAUUUUGUAGACAUUGCUAUUGAUCCUUUACCUCCUAAGCACUACAAAGAAAAUGAGGUAAGUGAGAAGACUUAUACUCACACUUAUUUACCUACCAAGGAUUAGGUACAAAGUGCUACAGUUUUCCCAUAUGCAAUUAUUUAUACUGUUUCUAUACUUGUGAAACUUGUUUUAGAUCAUCACAAGUUUUUCUUGCCUUGUUUUUAAAGGCCUGGUGUGACUUCUGGAGGAUGUGUCUUUCAAAGUGCAUUCUGCAGACACUCGUGAUUUCUUGAUUGUCAAGAGUUUCCUCUCUUUGUUAAUUUAAAAAUCAUACCAUUUCCCCAGUCACAUGUAACAGCAGGGGUUGAAUGGUUCAUAAAAAAAUAAAAAUAAUAUCAUUAUCUUUGUUUUCUGAUCGAUUAGGAUUUGACAAAAUUCAAGUCUCUAAAAACCAACAGAGGUCCCUUGAUUAAAAAUUGGCAGGUAUGUUAACAUUACUGAGAUCCUGUGUGUCUUUGUUAAUUUCCAGUUUGAAUUUUUCUUCUUCUUUUUUUUCCUUCUAAUUUUGAUGGUGGAAGUGGAAACAAUGAAAUAGACAUAUUUUUUUUAAAUCUUCAAAGCCAUGUAGUUAAAAUAAAACAUGAUAACAGUAAUUAGUAUUUUCCUGUUACUCUUAGGCUGAGUCCUCCCCCGUUAUGUGCUC